CUGGCGACUGCUGCCGCGUGAUCUUGUCGCGCCGCCCCGCUCCCUCUUCGCGCCCUCGGAGCCGGACCGGAGAGUGCCUCGCGAGUCAUGACGACCAAGGCCGUGUGUGUGCUGAAGGGCGACGGCCCGGUGGCGGGCACCGUCUACUUCGAGCAGAAGGGAGACGGGUCCGUCAAGGUUUGGGGAAAAAUCAAAGGACUGACGGAAGGCCUCCAUGGAUUCCACGUUCACCAGUUUGGAGAUAAUACACAAGGCUGUACCAGUGCUGGUCCUCACUUUAAUCCUCAGUCCAAAAAACAUGGUGGGCCCAAGUCUGAAGAGAGGCAUGUUGGAGACCUGGGCAAUGUGACUGCUGACAAGGAUGGCGUGGCCGACGUGUGUAUUGAAGACUCUGUGAUCUCGCUCACAGGAAGCAAUUCUAUCAUUGGCCGCACCAUGGUGAUCCAUGAAAAAGCGGAUGACUUGGGCCAAGGUGGAAAUGAAGAAAGCACCAAGACAGGCAAUGCUGGAGGUCGUCUGGCUUGUGGUGUGAUUGGGAUCGCGCCCCAAUAAACCUUCCUUAGGACGUGGUCUGAGACCUAGUAACUACUCAUCUGUCUUCUUGUUAGCUGUAGGAAUUUAACUUGGCAAACAUUAAACACUGUACUCUUGAAAAGUUUAACUGUAUGAUUUUGUUUUUGCUUUUUUUGCUUUAAGUACUUGUAAUGAGAAAUGAUUUCUGACCACUUGAAAGAUUGUAUAGUUUUAUAAAACUGUUAAAAUGUCUGUUUCAGUGAUCUCUGUAUUUUGCCAAACUUAUAGUCACAUAAGGGUAUUAAACAUAACUGUCUUAAUUUCUUCAAGUCUCAAGUCUUUGAAUAAAGCAGACACCCUAUAUGGCACUAUUACCUUGAGUUUGUUAAAGAAUCCGAGUUGAAAUUGUAAAUUCACACCCAUACUCAUUAGAUCUUGGAUGGAACAAGUUUAGUAACAUGGUGAUUUCAUAGAGUUUGCUUUUGAAAGUAUUUUAAAUAAGGCCAUCAGUGUGUACAAAAGACCAACAUCUUUUAGCCAAGACUGAACCUGACCAGCUUGAUCUUAGACAAAUGGGUUUUUCUUGGCCAAUUUCUGGAAAAUUAAGAUAGCUUCCCACUUAACUACUAAGCAUUUUGAUUAAAGUAUCUAAGUUUAUUAGGUGCUAAAGUAGAUGCUAUAGUUUAAGAGAGACCCUUGGUAACUCUUGAAAUUGUAAAGGGCCAGUUAUAGCUUUGGUUAGGUAAGAGAUCAAUUCACCUACCUGCCAAGAUGGCACGUAUUCCACUUGUGAAGGUCUGUGACCAUUGUAGAAGUUGGCAAAAUCUUUCACAUUAGCCCUUUGAAGAACUAUACAGUAUAUAUUGUAACAUGGAGCCAAAGAAAUGUCUGACUGGGUUCUGACCAUUUAAAACUCCUAAGGACUCACAUACCCAGUUAAGGUAGUCACGUCUAUUUGUCUUAAUGCAAGUAUGUACCUGUGAAAGAACAUUUCUAGAUGAGAGAUGCUAACGUGACUUGUAGCUGACUGUGUUACAGCUGUCAGUUGGGUAUUGCAGAAUAUUGUUAGAAGCCAGGAAUAAACCACAAUUCUGUUAAAUACAUAAUGUACUUUAUCAACUCUAGGUCAUUUGGGAGAGGAAGAGCAACACUGGAGAAAAAGUUUGUAGUAUCUUCAAAAUUUUAAGUUGGUGAUAAAAAACCAUGAUCACAACAAGUGGUUAAAACGACCAGUUCAGGUAAAGAAUUUAAAAACCAGACAGCGUUGAACAGUCUUCACUAAUGUACAAUUUGUUGCACAUGUGAGGUGAGACUCACACAGAAAGACUCACCUGUGACUUUAAGGCCCCACUGUCAGGGUUGUAACUGUCAUGUGCAAAUAGGUCUCAAUUCUUUCAACGGGGAAUUGGCGCUGCAUGUCCUUGAGGUCUGGACACUCAGAUGUGUCUCCAGUCUCAGGGUCUAACUUUUAAACUUCUCAGCCAACAGAAAGCAAGGACAAAUUUUGUAAUUUUAGUCUACAGGUGUGAGAUUUCCUCUUAUUUUCUAAUGGCAGGAACACAGGAACAUUUUUCCAGGUGGUCUAUCAAAACAAAAGAUCUUGCCGCAGAGAACUAUGUACAAACCCAAGCAGAAAAGCAGCUUCCCCUGAGGAUGAGGGCAAAGGAGAAAUUACCUGCCCAGCAGACUGGAAUGAGGAAUGUUUACAAUAACGAGGUCAUAAAUACUUGGAUUUUCCUUGGCACCAGGCACUGGGUAAGCGGUUGUACCUAACUGCUUUUCUGUACCUACUGCAAGAUAAAGGCUAGAUUUGGCUUUGGCUGUCUCCCUGUAUUAAUUCCUGGAUAACCUACCACUAUUCUUCCUAGUUAACCCAACAAUUUGAACCGAAAGAGAAAAUAUUUCAUGUGUGGCAAAAAGUUCCGUCUACCUCUGCCCAGCAGGAGAGUUUAAAAAAAACAAAAAUGCAAAGAAAGACAACAGGCAUGGCUUGCAGGAAACAGAAGUUGCAUUUAAGUCCUUACAUGUGUUAAGACAAAAAGCUUUUAGGUUGCAAAUAUUAACUUUAUCCUUUUAAAAAAUUUCAUGGGCUGGUUAAAAAAAAACAAAACACCCAAUCUUCUAAACAUGUAAUACCCAGGCAAUCACCUUAUAGUACAGUGCAACAUGGUAUGAUCCAUCUUCUCCCCCAGCAAAACAGCUCUUUACAAGUUAGGGCAACAUUUACCACAAAGCCAACGGGGGAGAAUCCACCUUGACUGAAUUGCAAACACUAACAAUGAGCAUCAUAAUUAACAUUAAAACCGCUAACUUUACCUUAUGAUUGAAAUGCCAAAAAUCAAAAGUAUUACAAGUGAAAAGUGUUGGAGAAUAACUGCAUAAAGAUGUCUGCUUCCACCUUAGUCUAAUUUAGACUUCAAUACAGUACUGACAGCUCAAACUUUGAUGCUGUGAACAAUCUUCUUCCACCUCAGUGCAGCGUAGGAAAAAUAGCACACGUUAAAGAAGUUUGUUACGAAAAUAGAGUUUAUUAAAAACAUCCCUACUAUUUUGAAGAGCUUUCACCAUUACCUUGUCUUUAAAUUAAAAAAAAAAAAAAAAAAAAAAUAGCACUUCUAAUUACGGUUUGUAAACUUUUUAAAGUCAAAACUUUAAAAAAGUUACAGCAAAAAGGGUCAUAUUUAUUCAUAUUUUCCGUAUUUUUUGUUAUUUUGUGGCUAUUUUUAAAUAGAAGGGAAGCAAUCAAAUUGCUUACAACUCCCCACCAACUACUGCGGGGCUGUGAUAUAGCAGGAGCAAGUAUAUUACAGCAUCUGUACACCUCACGCUCUACGCUCCGGGAAGAGUCACUGCCACACCUUGGCAAGUUCCAGUCUAACGAGGAGCCUCUGCUGCUGAGCCAGAAUCCUUUUCAGGUUCAACGGAUGAGGUAGCCUCAGCAGGUGACUCUUCAGAAGGUUUGACAGCUGUGGCCUCGGGCUCCUCCUUAUCAAGUUCUGAAACAGUGUCUACAUUUCCCACUUGGCUAAUGGGAGGUUCAACGACUUUGUUACCACCUGCCCUGUCUGUCACCUCAGGCUUUUCCUUUGCUCGGUUCUCCUCCUUUUCUCUACGAGGCUCUCUAUCUCUAGAAUCUCUCUCUCUGUCUCGAUGCCCACUAGAGCGUCUAUUUCUCUCUUCCAAGUCUCUGUGCCUGUCCCGGUCUGGGCUCCUUCUUCCCCACUCUCUCCUUUCACGACUGCUAUUAUCUCUAUCAUCAUUACGGCUCCCAUACCGUUCCCGGUCAUUUUCCACCCUAUUUCCAAAAGAUCUUCUUCCAAACCUUUCUUGGUCUCUACCUGAAUUGAACUGCUGCCUGCUAUCGUUUCUAAACUGCUGUGGUUGCUGCUGGGCUGGUGGUGGCUGCUGUGAGGGCGGCGGCUGCUGCUGCUGCUGGGGCUGUGGUGGCGGUGGCUGCUGCUGCUGCUGCCUUCCAUCUCUGUCUUCAGGGCCCCCUGGGCCCGGGCCUGGGCCCCCAAGCCCUGGCAUUCCCCCAGGCCUAACAAAGGGGCCAUGAGGUGGAAAGGGACCUUUCAUCCCGUGUGGUGGCGGCAUUCCAAAGCCCCCUGGUCCUGGCGGUGGCCCUCUAUGCAUCAUAUGUGGUGGCAUAGGACGGGGUGGCAUCAAAGGAAAUCGCUGCAGAUGAGGCGGAGGCAUUCCUGGAGGGCGCUGGAGUGGGAUGAGGCCAGGUCGGGCACCAAGGAGACCAGUAGAUGGUGCUUGGAGCCCAAUCACAGGACCAGGUGCAACUCCUUGAGUGCCUAAAAGGCAACAAAAAUCACAUAAAUAACACAGAACGUGGCAUUCUAUCUACAACUAUUUCUGGUGAUGCUUAAAGUUAAAAUGAAAACCAAUACAUAUCUGCCAUUUCAUACCGCUUGCCAGUCUACCUGUCACAAACUCAAUGGGAGGGCCCAGUAAUAAUUCUGGGCCACUCUAAAGACUUUCAUUUUCAGUAUCUAAUAUAGGUAAGAGGUCAAAAUAAGCUGAAAAUUGUAAUACACCAACCUUGGGAAAGAGUGUGUCAAAAUCUCCUUCUACAGCCUUUCAUUAUUAGCUUACCACUUGAAGUACUUAAAGCAUUUGAGAAACACAGUGUGCUGAAGUCUUCACAGGAUAAAGGACUGAACUCAGGAUCAGUAACUAUCACAGCCAACUGAAGGGUACUGUCACUGACACUCUUACAAAAUUUUACACUCAGACUCUAAGUCUUCAUUUGACUUGACGCUAGGGAAAGUCCAGUAACAAGGAGCAUACAGAGGGAGGUCACUCUGAUUCCCCGCUACACUUGAGUCUUACGAAAAUGCCUCAGGCAGUUACUAUGCAAUAAGCAACACAUAAACACUAAUGUUUACAAAAUAAAGAUCCAUAUGCAAAUGUCAAGUUUAUUUAUACAACUCCUUUUUCAAAGGACAGCAUCAUGUGUAACCUGCUAAGACAAAAUGACUACUGAAUAAUGCUGUUCAGCCAUUCGCUUUCAAUUCAUCCUUCCAAAGGCAUCAAGACUGAUAAAGCUAGAGCUGCUGAAAGUAACGACCACUUGCUGGCUUUAUGCUCCCAUUUUCACGAGGGUUUGCUCCUGUUUCACUGUUGAAGAGUUAUUGUAUGAGUUCAACAAUCCAUCAUUUAUAAUGACAGAGGAAAGUAGGGAUUUUCAUUUUGGUUUACCACUUAUGUAAAGGCAUCAUGGUUAUCUCCAAAUUUUUUUUGCAAAUAUAAAUAUCACAAGGCAAAUACUAUGACCAAAGUUGUUGCUCUGAUAACGAAGUGUUCCAGACAUUGCCAGAACAUGUUACCUAGGUACUACAGGAGGGGGUGGCAAGCGAUGAUGAGUUUUUAAGAUAAAUGCUUGUGUGAGCUGACAGAACUCCACCUGAGAGCAAGCCCUAUACUUUCAUGUUAACAACUUCACAAUAUUUUUUCUGCGACAUGACGUUAUUUUAUGUCUACAAUUGGAACCAGCUCCCUCCCACCCACUUCAGCAAAGUGACAAGUCCUGGAUGUUCCUGAUGUGCCCACAUUUCCUGGACAAAUAACGUUAACAUGAUCAACAAGAAUUUCUACUAGUUUUUUGCUACUCAAGUAUGUGGUCCAACACCGUUCUGUCAGACUUAACCACUAUGUAAACUGCACUUGAAAAUGUAUGUGUGCCAGUUUAUAACUCCUUUAAACACAGACUAAUCAGCUUUGGUAUUAAAAACCUUUUAAAUGCUCAGGAACCUUAGACACGUGCCUCGUUGUUCUGGUUUAUAAAUUGGAGGAUAGUACCUGCCCUUGGGGAGAUUUAAAUGGGAUAAAAUACCUAAGAGUGAGCUCUGUGCCUGACUCACAGUUAAAUGCUCAAGUUAUUAUUCUCCACAUAUUUAUUUAUACAGGUGAUAACCUAAUACAAAAUAUUUAACAUAAGCAAAAACACAUUUUUCAUUUCUGAUAAGACCAUAAUAAAUCCCCCCCCCCCCAAUAUCCACCACAGUUUAAAGUCAAGCACUUUGGUGGUUGGAAAAAAUUGAAAUACACUGAGCUUUCACAUGUCAGGUCUGAAGUUUAGAAUUACUAAAUACCACACCGAAAAGCCAGAAAUGGUGAACUAAAUGAACAAGGCAAAGAGAGUCCCUUCAGCCUCUUGUUUGGAAAAUCUCAGAUGGUGAACUCACACCGAAGUACCGCCUAUACCAUCUCACAGAUGAAAAUAAAACUCAGUGGCAGCCUGAAACAUUCUUCCCAUCAUUUAGUGAACGUUUACUGAGUAUACGCUAGGUACUGGGAUAACAAAAGCACCCAAGACAGGUCCUCCUCACCUUUUAAAGAAGUUUCAACAUUUGUGGACUUCAACUCAAAACAACCAACAUAAAAUGUUCAGUUCAUGCCCAGGUAUGGUCUCUUGUUAUAGAGGCAGGUACCAUUAUAUAGAAUCACUUAAAAAAAACAAAAAAAAACCUACCUUUCAAAUCAAUUUGUAUUAGAAAAGGUUUG